GCGAGCGCCGCGGGCUCUGGGCAGCGCGGAGCCGCUAGUGUUUCCCGGCGCGGCCGCCCGAGGCCCGCCGAGCAUGGGCGCCGCGACCCCGACUCCGCCGCCACCGCCGCCGCCUCCACCGGGCCCCAGGAAGAGAAGUUAAACUUCUAGAGAGACCUAAUGGACAAUCUCCACAACAGGGCACUGGCCAUUGCUGGGAGAGGAAGACCUUGCGAGAACUGCACUUACUGCCUUCACUCGAGUCUUCGGUUGCUGACUGCAGUCAGGCGUCUUUCCGGGGUUGCUCCUCCUCUCCACCACACGUCACUCCAGACCUCUGGCGUUCAAGCUUUGAUUCUUCGCUCCUAUGACAGACAGUCUUGCCUAGCAUAUCCAUAAGAAACUCAAGUCUUACCGCCCCAGCAUCAAGAACUGUAUCUCCACUUGCCCUGGCCCCUUUCCUUCUGGGUUCUGAGGAAGAAGAGAAAUCUUCUGCCUCUUCCUGUCCUGGUAACCAGCAGAGUGUCUUGCCUCCAAUAGGUGUCCAAAGACCCUUACUCAGCCUUUUCAAAUGGUAACAGAAAAUAAUCCAGAUGGGGUGCAGGUGCUGUAAAAUGAUACACAGCUAUCUCUUCGACCCGGUCCAAGUGCCCUCGCCUGGCUACGUCAACGAAGUGAACAGCUGCAAGUUCGAUGAAGAGGACACGGUUAAAUUGAAAGGCAAGCAGAGCGGCGAAGUCCAGGUGCACAACCAUGACCUUCAGGGUGAGGGCUUGAGGAGGACUGUGAGCAGAGGCAGAACAGCUGGCCCGCAGGAGCCCUGCUGGCCUCCCCAGGGACCGCACCCUCAAGGCGACAGAGGAGGGGGACACUGUGCGGAGAAGACUGGCGGGGCCGUCAAUGGCAUCGGGCCCACUGCGGUCCUGCAGCCCCCUGGGGAUCCCGGGUCCCAGCAGGGUGGCACAAGUUCCUGGGCCGGUACAGCGAACCGUGUGCACCUGACUCCACCCUUCCUCGAGGGAGGGGACGCCAGGGAAACAGACUGGGCGCUGCAGUCCUCGGAAGAGACCCGAGUCAUUGGACGUGGAGACUCCAGGGUCCCUUCCAAGGCAGAAUGCCCUGCCGUGGGAGUACAAGACCACGUCCUCCAGAUACCAGCCCCAGACUACCCCCAGUGUUGGGGCUUAGCUGGAGGCACCGUGGAUCACGAGGAAAAAGAUCACCUUUUCAAGAGCCAUCCUGAGGAGCCACCCCUGGAGGAAAUGCACUCUGACGUGGUAGGGCGGGGUUUGAACAUGCCCUUCUCCGUGAAGAGAAGCUGGGAUUCACUAAACGAGGCUGUGGCGGCAGAAGCCCUGAGCGUCUACUUUAAAGAAGAGGAUCCUGCCCAGGUCGUGCCUGUGGCCCAUCCGACAAAUGGGUGGGAGGAUGCCCCCGGCUGUGCUGCAGAUGGGAUUGGGGGGACAGAGGACGAGGACGCUGCAGUGGCGGAAGCCCUGGCAGCUCUAGAAGCAGCUACUGCAGGAGAAGACUUGGACGAGGCGGAUUAGGGUAGGGGCUUUGCGCAUGCAAACAAGCUAGGGUCGUGAGGGGGUGAGGGGCAUCCGGGGAUGUGAUUGCUCCGCAGACACGGAGCUAUAUCCCUGCAGCGAGUGGUGCAGCCUCGCCCAUUGUUUACAGCCAGCAUCUGUUCUGAUGAUUUGAGUUCCCGUGCCACGUUCCGAUCGAGAGUGUCCCUGCACAGAUGGCCCAUCACUCAGGACACUGGAACAAAAGUCAGAGUGGGCCAGCCUGCCCGCCGCUCCCCACAGCUCCCCACAGCAUCUGGUGCAGAUGCGCUGAGAUCCUAGCACUUCAGCCCAGGAGCACGGACUCACGGGACAUUCUCCUCGUUAAUUCUUUAUCUUGCUUUCAAGAGCCAAACGUUGGACCCAUCCUGGAGGAGGUAACUUCCCCACUAUAAGUGCCUGUUGUGUCCCCGCGCCAGAGCAUGGCCCACGUGCAGGGACAGUCACCCAGGGAAGUAAUCACUAACCAGUUGUCUGACAGCCAGUGAAGCUCAGCAGCACUCAGGGUGGCGUGGAAGCCACGAAUAAACAAAUGGUUAGUCAUUAGCUGCGCCAUUACGACACCUUGACCUUAACUUUUUUACAUUAUUACUUUUUAAUCUCCUUUGGGAUUGGGGAGGCCAGUCAAAAUAAUUCUUGAAACUGUGUCAUGUUUGUGUUUGAAGUUGAUGAAAUUUGGAAAAGUGAAGGGACAUAUAGAGUGCUUUAUGCCAUUUAAUGCCUGAUUCUGAUUAAAGUAUAACAACAUCA